AUGUUUUAUGGUACCAUAGCUGGUCUAACUUUUUUAAUUAGUGCUUUUACAAUAUUAGCACAAUUAAUUUUAUUACCAAUAUUUUUCAAGCGUACUGACAUUAUGCGAAGUGAUAUUGAGGAACGUAUGAAAUUAUUUAAGAUAUUAGCUGAUAUAGGUGAUAUCAAUCUUGCUCAAAAACGUCAAGAAUUGUUACGUAGGAAAAAAUCAAUAAAUACCUGUCCACCACCAGAACCUGGACCACCAGGACCACCAGGAGAUCCAGGUGAGGAUGGUGAACAAGGUGAUGAUGGACCUAUUGGUUUACCAGGAAAAAGUACAUUUGAAUUAUUAGAAGAAAUAGAACAACAAUGCAUCAUUUGUCCACAAGGUGAACGUGGACCACCCGGAGCACCUGGUAACCAAGGAAUACAAGGUCCUAAAGGUGAUCGAGGUAUACCUGGAAUUCCUGGACUAGAUGGCCAAGAUGGUGAAAUUGGCCUAGAAGGAGCACAAGGAUAUAAUGGUACAAGUGGGACGAGAGGACCAAAAGGACCAGAUGGUAAGCCUGCUACAGGUGGUAUUGGAGAACCAGGCCCAAAAGGAUUACCUGGCUCAAUUGGUAGAACUGGACCACAAGGUCCUCGAGGUAAAAGAAAUUAUGUGUAUGGACCACCAGGACCGGACGGUAAAAAAGGUGUUAAAGGAAUGGAUGGUCUUCCUGGUAAUUUUGGUCCAAGAGGUAAUCGAGGACCAAUUGGUGAACCUGGUGCUAAUGCAAUCUUCUGUCCAUGUCCAUUAGAAAUGGAAUUACUUGAUGUAAAACAAAUGGUUCUAAUAAAUUGUUUAAUAUUUUAA